AUGCAACUCUACUGUGUGCGCCAUAUUUUAAAGGGGAAAAACUAUAAACCCUCGUUUAGAUGCAUCAUUGCGAGAGGACGGGAUCUUUCUCAACUAAACCUUGGGGCGAAGUUAGGGGCAAACCAACCUCCUCCGCUGGCAUUUGCCUUUGAUAUUGAUGGAGUUCUUCUUCGAGGUCCCGAUGUGCUCCCAGCUGCAAAACGAGCUCUAGACAUUCUAGAAGGAAAUAAUCCUUUCAACAAGAAGAUACCAUAUAUUCUACUCACAAAUGGCGGCGGAGUCGCGGAACAUGAACGAUGCAAAAAACUGAGCGCACAACUAGGUUUUCCUAUAUCUCCUAGUCAGUAUUGUCAGGCGCACACUAUUCUUCGAAGGUCAGCCCACGAAUACCAGGAUAAACCAGUGCUAGUUCUAGGUGGGGAAUUAGAUACUGUUCGACAAGUUGCGAAAGGAUAUGGCUACCAGAAAGCGUACACGACGCUAGACGUCCUGGCGUGGAAUCCAGCUGUGUGGCCUUUCCACAAGUUGUCAGAUAUAGAAAAGAAAUGUACAGAGGAUGUCGACUUUUCCAACACACCCAUAUCAGCCAUUUUUGUCUAUCACGACCCAAGAAAUUGGGCUCUUGACGGCGAUAAUUCAGUUCAGGUUGCAUGCGAUGUGAUUUUGUCCUCAGGGAUUAUUGGCGGCCCUUACCGAGAUUUGGACAAACAGAAAGAGCCUGUGAAGCUAAUAUUUUGUAACCCCGACCUCCUGUGGAAAUCAGACUUCGAUAGGCCAAGACUCGGCCAAGGGGCUUUCAAAACGGCAUUCCAAGCUGUCUUCAAGGAUAUAACUGGAGCUGAAUACCCCCAUGUACAAUACGGGAAGCCCACUGAGGCCACAUAUUCUUUUGCCAAAGAACUUCUACAGGAGCGUAUCAAAGAUUUAUACGGUGCUGAAACCCCAUACACCCCGCGAAUGUAA